AUGGUUGAGGUCAAGCGAUAUAAUCUCCCGCCAACCGCGCUCAUACCGAACUCUCCACAACCUCUGCUCCACUACCCCGGAUUCCUGUCCGUAGAGUCCGGCAAUGACGCGGCGACCAAAAUCUACGAUCUCUUCUCCAGUAACGGAUGGAAGACGCAGUGGAUUUUCCGGUACGGCCAGACGCAGACGUCGCACUACCACAGCAUGGCGCACGAGUGCAUGGUCGUCCUGACGGGGACGGCGACCAUUCGCUUUGGAGUGGCCGACACGGACUCUGACCUGGAGAAGAGCACCUAUGGUGACGGCAGAGAGGAAGGAGGGGUCGAGGUCAGCGCCGGUCCCGGAGACGUCUUCAUCCUGCCGGCGGGCACGGCCCAUAAGACGUUCAACGCGAGUCCACUGACCGAGUUCAAACUGUUGACUCCUGGCGAUGGUCACAGUGUGGCAGCGGAAGACGUGAGAGAGGCCCUCGCCAACAUUGACCUUUCGGGCUUCACCAUGAUAGGCGCGUACCCUCAGGACGGGGGCGAAUGGGACUUCGCGAAAGGGGGAGAAAACGCCGGCAAUUAUGAGCAGGUGUGGUCGGUCCCCAAGCCAGACAAGGACCCGGUAUUGGGCGACUCGGAAGAGGGCAUAUGUGGACAGUGGCGGUAG